UCAGUUCUCCUGAAGUGAAAGUGUUUCUCUUUCAGCUGAGACGCCGUUUUAUUGCUGUUGGGAGAAAAUAAUAAUAAAAACUCCAACUCCAGGCAGAACCGGUGAGAUCAAUAAAGCCCAGCAUGGAGUGCUGAGUAAAAGAGUGUAAUUCAUUCAGUCCAAGAGAUCCGCGUCUUCAGGAAUCAGCAGUGAGUCCAUGAGCUGUGUGUCCAUACACUAAUAUUUAAAAAUGGAGAGCCGUGAUCUGGACACAGAUAAUGUGACCCCACCCUCAGAAAAGCGUAAACUCCAGAUGAAGAGAUCAGACUCACCAGAACCCAGCUGUGUCUCCAUGAAAAGUGAUUGGUCUAUAGAUCUUCCUUUGCGAUUUAACACUGGAAACCCCUCAUCUGUCCACAGUAAACUCCAGAUGAAGAGAUCAGACUCACCAGAACCCAGCUGUGUCUCCAUGAAGAGUGAUGGGUCUAUGGAUCCUCCUUUGCACUUUAACAGUGGAAACCCCUCAUCUGUCCACAGUGUUUUACAGAAGGCAGGAGACAGAAGAGAAAAGAUCUUCAUCACAGAUACAGGACACGCCCCAGAGUCUGCUGCUGGAAAUGACGUCCGGAAAAAAUUCAGAUUAAAUCUGAUGAAGAAGUUUCAGUGCUUAAAUGAAGUGAUGAUAAAGCAGGAAAACCGAGUGCUCCUGAAUGAGAUCUACACAGAGCUCUACAUCACAGAGGGAGACAGUGGAGACGUCAAUAAAGAACAUGAGGUGAGACAGAUCGAGGCAGCGUCCAGGAGAAAAACAACAGAGGAAACACAAAUCAAAUGCAACGACAUCUUUAAGCCCUUAUCUGAAGAAGACGAACCCAUCAGAACUGUAGUGACAAAGGGAGUGGCUGGUAUCGGAAAAACAGUCUCUGUGCAGAAGUUCAUUGUGGACUGGGCUGAAGGGAAAGCAAAUCAGGAUGUCCCCCUCAUAUUUCCACUUCCUUUCAGAGAGCUGAAUCUGAUGGAGGACCAAAACCUUCGUCUGAUGGAGCUCCUUCAUGUCUAUUUUAAGGAAACCAAAGAAACAGAAAUGUCUGGGUUGGGAAAGGUUCUGUUCAUUUUUGAUGGAUUGGAUGAGUGUCGUUUCCCUCUGGAUUUCCAGAACACAGUGAGAGUGUGUGAUGUAACUGAAUCAGCAUCAGUGCAUGUGCUGCUGAUAAACCUGAUCAAAGGGAAUCUGCUUCCCUCUGCUCUCAUCUGGAUUACCUCCCGACCAGCAGCAGCUGAUCAAAUCCCCUCUGAGUAUGUCCACCGAGUCACAGAGGUACGAGGGUUCAAUGACCCACAGAAGGAGGAGUACUUCAGGAAGAGGGUCAGUGAUCAGAGCCUGGCCGAGAACAUCAUCACACACCUGAAGUCAUUAAGAAGUCUCUACAUCAUGUGUCACAUCCCAGUCUUCUGCUGGAUUUCAGCCGCUGUUCUAGAGAGAAUGUUGAGUGAAGCAGAGAGUGGAGAGAUCCCCAAGACUCUGACUCAAAUGUACACACACUUCCUCAUCAUUCAGACAAACAUCAUCAGAGGAAAGUACUCAAAGAAGCAGGAGAGUGAUGAAGAAAUGCUUCUCAAACUGGGAAAACUGGCUUUUCAGCAGUUGGAGAAAGGCAACCUGAUCUUCUAUGAGGAAGACCUGAGAGAGUGUGGCAUUGAUGUGGCAGAAGCAGCAGUGUACUCCGGUGUGUGUACGCAGAUCUUCAGAGAGGAGGUUGGGCUUCACCAGAGUAAAGUGUACUGCUUUGUUCAUCUGAGCGUUCAGGAGCAUCUCGCAGCUCUGUAUGUUCAUCUGACCUUCAUGAAGGAAAAGAGAAAUGUUCUUGAUCAGAGUCAGUCCAGUAAUUUGUAUUUUUGGUCCUUUAAGACAAUUUCAGAUGUACACAGGAGUGCUGUAGAUCAGACCUUAAAAAGUCAGACUGGACAUCUGGAUCUGUUCCUCCGCUUUCUUCUGGGUCUCUCACUGAAGUCCAAUCAGAAACUCUUACGUGCCUUAGUAACACAGACAGGAAGUAGCUCCUGGACAGGAAAGAGGAAAACAGUUCAGUACAUUAAGGAGAAGAUCAGUGAAAAUCUUCCUGCAGAAAAAUCCAUCAAUCUGUUCCACUGUCUGAAUGAACUGGGUGACGAUUCUCUAGUGGAGGAAAUCCAACGCUACGUAAAAUCUGGAAAACAAAGUGAACUCUCUCCUUCACAGUGGUCUGCUCUGGUGUUUGUGUUACUGACUUCAGCACAGGAGCUGGAGGAGUUUGACCUGAGUAAAUAUACCAGGACAGAGAAGAUACCAGAGUGGGUUCUUGUGAAAGUGAUGCCUGUGAUUUCAGCAUCCAGAAAAGCAAUGAUCAGUUGUGAUACAAUUAAAGGGAGAAGCGCUGAAGCUCUGGUCUCAGUGCUCAACUCCGAAACCUCCAGUCUGAGAGAACUGCAUCUGACUGUGAAGACACUGGAUCUGACUAAUAAUAAACUAGAAGACUCAGGAGUGAAGUGUCUCUGUGCUGUACUGGAGAAUCCUCACAGUAAAGUGGAGACACUGAAGUUGUGUGAUUGUGGUGUCUCAGAUGAAGGCUGUGCUGCUCUGAGUUCAGCUCUGAGAUCAAACCCCUCACACCUGAGAGAACUGGAUCUGACUAAUAAUAAUCUGGGAGACUCAGGAGUGAAGCGUCUCUGUGCUGUACUGGAGAAUCCUCACUGUGAACUGGAGACACUGGGGUUGUGUGAUUGUGGUGUCUCAGAUGAAGGCUGUGCUGCUCUGAGUUCAGCUCUGAGAUCAAACCCCUCACACCUGAGAGAACUGGAUCUGACUAAUAAUAAUCUGGGAGACUCAGGAGUGAAGCGUCUCUGUGCUGUACUGGAGAAUCCUCACUGUAAACUGGAGAUACUGAGGAUCAGUUGUGAUACGAUCAAAGGGAGAAGCGCUGAAGCUCUGGUCUCAGUGCUCAACUCCGAAACCUCCAGUCUGAGAGAACUGCAUCUGACUGUGAAGACACUGGAUCUGACUAAUAAUAAACUAGAAGACUCAGGAGUGAAGCGUCUCUGUGCUGUACUGGAGAAUCCUCACAGUAAAGUGGAGACACUGGGGUUGUGGCAUUGUGGUGUCUCAGAUGAAGGCUGUGCUGCUCUGAGUUCAGCUCUGAGAUCAAACCCCUCACACCUGAGACAACUGGAUCUGUCCUUUAAUAAUCUGGGAGACUCAGGAGUGAAGCGUCUCUGUGCUGUACUGGAGAAUCCUCACUGUAAAGUGGAGACACUGAAGUUGCGGGGUUGUGGUGUCUCAGAUGAAGGCUGUGCUGCUCUGAGUUCAGCUCUGAGAUCAAACCCCUCACACCUGAGAGAACUGGAUCUGACUAAUAAUAAUCUGGGAGACUCAGGAGUGAAGUGUCUCUGUACUGUACUGGAGAAUCCUCACUGUAAACUGGAGACACUGGGGUUGUGGGGUUGUGGUGUCUCAGAUAAAGGCUGUGCUGCUCUGAGUUCAGCUCUGAGAUCAAACCCCUCACACCUGAGAGAACUGGAUCUGACUAAUAAUAAUCUGGGAGACUCAGGAGUGAAGCGUCUCUGUGCUGUACUGGAGAAUCCUCACUGUAAACUGGAGAAACUGAGAUGGUGGCUAUUUAAAGAUCCCAGCGUGCUCGCGGGGCGUGUGUGGGCAUGUGAGGACACUCCUCCUCACCAAUCAGUGCACAGUGACUGUGAGAGUCCCUCAGAGGCGCAGCGCAGUCUGUGGAUUCAGCUGGUCAGUUGUGAUACGAUCAAAGGGAGAAGCGCUGAAGCUCUGGUCUCAGUGCUCAACUCCAAAACCUCCAGUCUGAGAGAACUGCGUCUGACUGUGAAGACACUGGAUCUGACUAAUAAUAAACUAGAAGACUCAGGAGUGAAGCGUCUCUGUGCUGUACUGGAGAAUCCUCACUGUAAAGUGGAGACACUGAGGUUGUGUGAUUGUGGUGUCUCAGAUGAAGGCUGUGCUGCUCUGAGUUCAGCUCUGAGAUCAAACCCCUCACACCUGAGACAACUGGAUCUGUCUAAGAAUAAUCUGGGAGACUCAGGAGUGAAGCGUCUCUGUGCUGUACUGGAGAAUCUUCACUGUAAACUGGAGACACUGAAGUUGUGUGAUUGUGGUGUCUCAGAUGAAGGCUGUGCUGCUCUGAGUUCAGCUCUGAGAUCAAACCCCUCACACCUGAGAGAACUGGAUCUGACUAAUAAUAAUCUGGGAGACUCAGGAGUGAAGCGUCUCUGUGCUGUACUGGAGAAUCCUCACUGUGAAGUGGAGACACUGAAGUUGUGUGAUUGUGGUGUCUCGGAUGAAGGCUGUGCUGCUCUGAGUUCAGCUCUGAGAUCAAACCCCUCACACCUGAGACAACUGGAUCUGUCUAAGAAUAAUCUGGGAGACUCAGGAGUGAAGCGUCUCUGUGCUGUACUGGAGAAUCCUCACUGUAAACUGGAGACACUGAAGUUGCGGGGUUGUAGUGUCUCAGAUGAAGGCUGUGCUGCUCUGAGUUCAGCUCUGAGAUCAAACCCCUCACACCUGAGAGAACUGAAUCUGUCUAAUAAUAAUCUGGGAGACUCAGGAGUGAAGCGUCUCUGUGCUGUACUGGAGAAUCCUCACUGUAAACUGGAGACACUGGGGUUGUGUGGUUGUGGUGUCUCAGAUGAAGGCUGUGCUGCUCUGAGUUCAGCUCUGAGAUCAAACCCCUCACACCUGAGACAACUGGAUCUGACUAAUAAUAAUCUGGGAGACUCAGGAGUGAAGCGUCUCUGUGCUGUACUGGAGAAUCCUCACUGUAAACUGGAGAUACUGGGGUUGUGGCAUUGUGGUGUCUCAGAUGAAGGCUGUGCUGCUCUCGCUUCAGCUCUGAGAUCAAAUCCCUCACACCUGAGAGGCCUGGGUCUGAUUGGGAAUAAAAUAGAAGACUCAGGAAAGAAGCUGCUCUCUGCUCUUAAGGAUGAUAAACAUUACAAACUACAGACACUCUGGGUGUGAUGAACAUGUGUGUGUGAGAUGAAGACUCUGGUGUUCCUGCAUUUCCAUGUUGGGGAACAGACAACACCAUUCAUAAACACGUCAGUCGUUUAGUUCUAACAAAUGAAAGAGACUUGGAGACGUGGUCAGUGUGUGUUCAUGGUGCACAGUGAAUCAGACUGCACACAAUUCUACACUGAAUGUGGAACAACUUGUGAUCUGCAUGAAACUGCCUGGACCUCAGUCCCUUAAAAACCCUGAAAGAGCAGGUGAAAAAGCACAGGGACUCGAGCUGAACCCAGUCAGUGGAAGAUGGAGCUGAAAUGGACAGGAACAGUUUCAGGACAUUGGUGGGAUUCUCACCUGACAGGAUCGGCAUUUGGGAAGUUAAUCUGAGGAAGUCCCGAGGAGACUCACUACAAGGCACAUUUAUCACUUUGUCCUUUGGUUGGUAUUUAAUAUACUCACUGAGCACUUUAUUAGGAACACCUGGAUGGAACCGCCUUGUUGAUGAGAGGGUUCACCGGAGAACGGCCAGACUGGUUUAAGCUGACAGAAAGGCUACAGUAACUCAGAUAACCUCUCUGUACAAUUGUGGUGAGCAGAAAAGCAUCUCAAAAUGCACAACACAGUGAACACUGAGGUGGAUGACUACGUUGGGUUCCACUUCUGUCAGUCAAGAACAGAAAGCUGAGGCUGCAGUGGGCACAGGAUCACCACAACUGGACAGGUGAAGAGUGAAAAAACGUAGCCUGGUCUGAUGAACCUCGAUUUCUGCUGAGGCUCACAGAUGGUGGCGUCAGAAUUUGGCACCAACAGCAUGAAUUAGUGUUCCUAAUAAUGUGCUCUGUGACUGUAGAUUAGAUCUUUUUGUUACAGGGUCAGACCAAAGCUGUUCAUUUUUGUUCUCUUCUAAACUUUUUUUCCUCUAGAUUUUAAAGAAAUUAUAUAAAUACUGCAUGAUUAAUUUUCUGUUGUAUAAAAUUAGUUUCUGUAUUUAAACUUUUUUUUUUUAGCAAAAAAAAGCCAACAGUUAUUGAAAAUAAAUUUAUGCGCAACACUUGGGUGUUAGUACUCGGACGGAAAAAUGGAUUUCCAUCAAAAUCAAAUCGUGAAACUUUCAUUUUCAGCAUCUGUGUAAUUUCUGAUUUAUUGUCAGUGUGAAGGCAGCCAUAGAAAGUAAUGGCUACCCUUUAUGAUGUUCUUCUUUUUGUUUUUACAUAUUAAAAUAUUGCACAUAUUUGAUAUUAUAAUUGUAUUAAAAAUGUAAUGGACUUUAUUUAAAAGAGAAACAUUGUAAAGAUGAACAUUGUAAUGGUUUGAGUGGACUCAAUCCCCCAUGAUGCAUUUAUGUAUGUCACUUCCUGUGAAAUGUUUGUUGCUCUGGAAAGAGGGUCUUUUACUUAAAUUGAAUAAAAUGGGAAUAGAAGGCAAAA